GAUAAACCCGAAUCGUCCAGAUCGUUGGGAAUCAGGUGAAGAGAUGAACGUAUCUAUCUAAUCAUCCAGUUUCAUCAAUGGCGUCGGGGUGGGGAAUAACGGGGAACAAAGGGAGAUGUUACGAUUUCUGGAUGGAUUUCAGCGAGUGUAUGUCUCAUUGCAGAGAGCCCAAGGACUGCUCUCUUCUUCGCGAAGACUACCUCGAGUGUCUUCACCAUUCCAAAGAGUUCCAACGAAGAAACAGGAUAUACAAAGAGGAACAACGCAAACUGAGAGCAGCUUCAAGGAAAGGCCAAGAUACCGGCGGUGAUGCCACCACUAAUACUAGUAAUCACUAGUCGUGAAGCCAAGUUUGCAUCUUUCGCAACCGGGAAAAAGAAUAAUGAAAGUUUCGUGAAAGAUUCUCUGUAUGUUGUGUGUCGAACUCCUUUUGAUUGUUUUCACUUCGCUUCUGCAAUGAAUGAAUAUUCUGCCUUUUUUACUUCUUACAUUUUGACUGAGUUGUAAUAAAAUACCCUUUUGGCUGGUUCACAAACAUCAUGGUAAUAUUUCA